CCUGCCACCCAAGAUGCCGAAAGGAAAGAAGGCCAAGGGAAAGAAGGUGGCUCCGGCCCCUGCUGUCAUGAAGAAGCAGGAGGCUAAGAAAGUGGCGAAUUCCCUGUCUGAGAAAAGGCCUAAGAAUUUUGGCAUUGGACAGGACAUCCAGCCCAAAAGAGACCUCACCCACUUUGUGAAAUGGCCCCACUCUAUCAGGUUGCAGCGGCAGAGAGCCAUCCUCUAUAAGCGGCUGAAAGGGCUUCCUGCAAUUAACCAGUUCACCCGGGCCCUGGAACGCCAAAUAGCUACUCCGCUGCUUAAGCUGGCCCACAGGUAUAGACCAGAGACAAAGCAAGAGAAGAAGCAGAGGCUGUUGGCCCUGGCCGAGAAGAAAGCGGCUGGCAAAGGGGAUGUCCCCACUAAGAGACCACCUGUCCUUCGAGCAGGAGUUAACACUGUCACUGCCUCAGUGGAGAACAAGAAAGCUCAGCUGGUGGUGACUGCAUACGACAUGGAUCCCACUGAGCUGGUUGUCUUCUUGCCUGCCCUGUGUCGUAAAAUGGGAGUCCCUUACUGCAUUAUCAAGGGGAAGGCAAGACUGGGAUGUCUAGUCCACAGGAAGACAUAAACUGCUGUCAUGUUCACACAGGUUAACUUGGAAGACAAAGGUGCUUUGGCUAAGCUGGUGGAAGCUAUCUGCACCAAUUACAAUGACAGAUAUGAUGAGAUCUGCUGUCACUGGGGAGGCAAUGUCCUGGGUCCCAAGUCUGUGGCUCGCAUUGCCAAGCUCGAAAAGGCAAAGGCUAAAGAACUGGCCACGAAACUGGGUUAAAUGUACACUGUGGAGUUUUCUGUACAUAAAAAUAAUUAAAACAAUACAAAUUUUCCUUAAAAAAA